AUGCCAAAACAAACGCGACUUUGCUUCCUACCUUCGGGAGAGCUUACCUACAGCUCAGAAGAUCCUUUGCCAGACUAUCCUCUGCUGAGCCACGCGCCAUUCUGGCCAAAACUUUGUCAUAAUGAUAGCUCAAUUCUCAAUGCUCCCAAGCUAAACUCAAAGUCACAUCUGCUACGUCUCCCAGACGAGGUCUUACAGCCGAUCCUACAGGACGCUGUUAGAGAGCCCGUAGAGUUCUCGCUUGAACAGCAAGCAUAUUGGAGUUUUUACUUUGACAAAUUUGACUAUGACGACGAUGACGAUCUGGUCAUGUCUGAGCCAGCGAGGGGCUGGGUUCGGUAUGCAGCUAUUUACAGGCUCAUCUGGGUCUGUAAACGAUUUCAUACCCUGUUACUGCCUUUGAUGUAUGAAAAUGUGUCACUGGAUGUUACGACCCAGUUCUUCCAUUGUCCACCCCAGGAAAAGCUCUUUCGCGAUGAGAUCUUGCGACGCCCCCUCCUGCAAAACUAUAUCAAGCACCUAGCAGUAUAUAACCAGUCACUCCAAAGCCCUAUCGUCCAGUUGGCCUGUGCAUUUCCGAACAUCAACAAACUCUCUUUGAAGCGCGUACGGAAUGAGAGCGAGAUUGACUUAUCCUCAAUAGGACCAGCCGAGGAACAAUUAAGAACAGCGAGCUUUACCCAUAUUCAAUUUUAUGACUUGCAUAUGCGACCAGAAGCCGUAAAAAGAUUUCUCGAAUGGCCCAAGGAACUUCACGGAUUUGUCGUUAAUGACAUGACCUCCGACGGAUCUAGCUGGGCUUAUACUGAACCCGAUCCUGCUUAUCGCUGGAACCACGCGCUCUUAGUUGAUGUUUUAUCCCCACAGAAAGAUCAUCUCAGGUCCCUCGACGUUGGGUGGCUGGGGUAUGACCACGACCAAAACACCUUUCAAGUCUCUGCGUUUCCUAAUCUACGAAGUAUGGCCUUGACCGUGGCCUACGAGCGUCCCAACGAGGAAGCUUGUCGUAACUGGCUGACACCCUCCUUGAACACUCUGAUCCUCGAUUUACACAGGAACGAUUCUCAGUGCGGCCCUUCAAGCCACAAUUGCAUGCGUAAGCGUGGCGCCGAGUCCAUCGGUUCAUUUGUGAGGAUGGCACGAGAAUGGUUAGAAAAAGAUGGCAGUGUAGUAGGGCUGAGGAGAAUCGGUAUACGCGCAUACAGCAGAGGAGAUGAUGCGUGGCGGGAUGAGGAAGAAGGGUACUGUAGGCACGAUGAUUAUGAUCUGGAAAUGUGGACGAACCUUAUUCAAUGUCUUAAGGAAAUUGAAACACAAGGCUUUGAAGCAUUCUGGGACGGUUCAAACCUACGACGUUUUGGCUUUCACUCCUUCGACGAACGGUACCUAUUCAAGAAUCGUGACCAAGAAUCUCGAAGGGUUUCUGAAAUGAACCCCCCAGAAAAAGCCAACGAAGCGACAUCUGCAUCUGAGCUUGUCUCGGAAGUCCGGAGUGUCGCUGGCUUUGUUGAAGAUCAGCCUUAUAGCUGCCAUCUGGGUAGCUGA